UCUUUUCCGGCUGAAAAGUUGUAAUCACUUCCGUUCAGCUGAGGAGCGGAAGACGGACAGUAAUGGCGGCGGAGGUGUACUUACUUUGGUUAUUACCGUUAUUGCAUUCGCUGGCAGCGUUCGGAGCCGAGCUGUCAUCGGAGGCGUGCAGGGAGCUGGGCUUCUCCAGUAACCUGCUGUGCAGCUCAUGUGAUUUGCUGGGCCAGUUCAGUCUGACUCAGCUCGAGCCGUUCUGCAGGCAGUGCUGCCAGGAGGAGGCUCAGCUCGAGUCCAGGAAGCUCUACCCCGGAGCCAUCCUCGAGGUCUGUGGAUGAAAACUGGGGAGGUUCCCUCAAGUCCAAGCUUUCGUCAGGAGCGACAAGCCAAAGAUGUUCAAGGGCCUUCAGAUUAAGUACGUUCGAGGCUCGGAUCCUGUACUGAAGCUGCUGGAUGAUAACGGGAACAUCGCUGAAGAACUCAGCAUCCUCAAGUGGAACACAGACAGCGUGGAGGAAUUCCUCGGUGAAAAACUCGACCGCAUUUAACGCCUCUCAUCUCCUCUUUUCUGUUUACACACAUCACAUCCAAACCAAUGCACCAUGUAGUUGUUUGGAUGACUAGAACAUUAAAACAAAGUUCAUAAUGAAAUCACUUCAUCCUUUUCCACCUUGUUGUUUAAUUCACCUCUUCAGGUUUCGACUAGGUGUGGGCUGAUUUAAAGUCUCAUCGUAUCAUGAUUUACACCUAAUUAUGGCAUUCCUUUAGAACAGGACUGGAUCCCAGGCAUCCUUCUCCUGAUCAUCAGCCCUUUUCCAGCUGUUCCAUCUGAAACUGUAGUUUUAUUUUGCUUUUUGUUGUUUUGUACUGUAUAUUUGAGUCUGAACAGAGAAUCCUGACGAUACUGGAUCGGUGGUGUUUGUGGUUUUUCCCCGUACGCUAGCGCACGUGUGGAGCUGCACAUUAGUGAAGGCCUCACAGGAAACCAGUGUGUGGUGUGUGAGGCCUGAAGUGUGUGCAGUUCCCAGUGUGUAGUGAUGGAGAGAGACGCGAGCGCUCCCUCUGGGAUUUAAACUGAUCUCUGUUUAAUAAAGUUUUGUUUUGA